AUGACGCAUCAAUCAACUGAUGUGUCCGGGCCGUGUGGCGCUGCCGUUCUAACAAAUCGUUAUCUCAACAGAGGAACCGCCUUUACCAUUGAAGAGCGCAAACAGUUGCAUAUUCUCGGGCAGCUUCCUACAGUUGUUGAAACCCUGGAGCAGCAGGUGAAGCGUGCGUACAAUCAGAUGAAGAGCUGUGGCAAGCCCAUCGAUCAGUACCAACAGCUUGCUGCACUUCACGCUACAAAUACAACCCUUUAUUACGCGACCAUCUUUGCGCACCUUGAGGAAACACUUCCCAUUAUUUACACACCUACAGUGGGAGAGGCUUGCCAACGGUACAGCAGCCUUUUGUUUCGUGAGCGCGGGCUGUACUUAUGCCGCACGUACAAGGGUAUGUUCCGUACCAUCAUGCGCGAUUCAGGGUACGAGAAUCCGAAAGUUGUUGUAAUAACUGAUGGUUCUCGCAUCUUGGGUCUUGGUGACCUCGGAGCAAACGGUGUGGGCAUCAGCAUUGGCAAAUGUUCACUAUAUGUUGCCGGCGCCGGAAUCAAUCCAAAGAAUGUUGUCCCCGUUGUACUUGACGCAGGGACAGAUAAUGCGGCUAUGUUGAGUGACGAUAAUUAUAUCGGUGUGCGCCAAAAACGCCCCUCUGACGAGGAUUUCUACGCUUUGUUGGAUGAGUUCAUGGAGGCUGCGAGUGAAGCAUGGCCGGAAGCCGUUAUACAAUUUGAGGACUUCAGCAACAACCAUUGUUUUGACAUGCUUGAGCGGUACCAAAACAAGUAUCGAUGCUUCAAUGAUGAUAUUCAGGGAACUGGUGCUGUAAUUGCUGCAGGCUUCCUAAAUGCUGUGAAGCUUUCAAAGGUGGAUCCCCUUGACCAUCGUAUUGUUGUGUUUGGCGCUGGUUCCGCUGCUAUUGGUGUGGUGGACAAUAUUGCGGAGCUCACUGCACAACUGUACAACCUCAAGUCCGAUGAUGUGAAGAAGACAUUUUAUCUCGUUGACACAAAGGGUCUCGUUACCACUACGCGUGGCGACAAGUUGGCCUCCCAUAAAGUGUCACUGGCUCGUACCGAUGUCUCUGCAGAAGAUUCAGCGAAAUUGAAGACGUUGGAAGACGUUGUAAAUUUUGUGAAACCGACAACGCUCCUCGGACUUGGCGGCGUGGGCCCGGUAUUCACGGAGAGCAUGGUGAAGGGUAUUCUAAACAACACGAAACGGCCAAUUAUAUUUCCACUUUCCAACCCCACCAGCAAAUCUGAGAUCACCGCAGACAACGCCUUCAAGUGGACCGAUGGUAAGGCAAUUGUUGCCUCAGGAAGUCCCUUCCCGCCCACAACUCUGAACGGCAAGACAUACAAGGCAUCCCAAGGUAACAAUUUGUAUGUUUUCCCCGGUAUUGGACUUGGUUGUGCCAUCGCGAAACCGGCGUAUAUUCCCAAUGAUUUACUUAUUGCCGCUUCUCGCUGCCUUAACGGCCUUGUUUCAAAGGUGGGGCUUGAAGAUGGAUCUCUGUACCCUCCUCUGAGUGAUAUCCACAACAUUUCUGCCAACAUUGCUACCGAUGUCAUUAUGGAAGCACAGCGCUUGAAGAUUGACAACAACUCUUCGUUGCCCCGCACACGAGCGGAGUUGAUGGAUUAUGUGAAGCAUGCCAUGUGGAAGCCGGAGUAUCCAACAGGCAUUCUCCCUGACGAGUAA